UGUUUCCACGAUAGAGUACCCUGCAGUACAGAAUACGCAAUACACAUGAAUUUCAAAUCUCCAGAUUGCCAGAAGAUGAUUGCUAUCGUCAAAUAAAGAUCUUCUUUUUCUCCAGCCCAAGGGCCUAGCUGUGAUUGAGCCGUUGAAGUGAGGCCAGCCGGCCAUAUUUGGAGAGAUAUGGUAAACACUCUGAGAGGAUGAUACAACAUCUUUGCCUGACAUGGAACUAUUUUGAAAGUUCAAAUGUCGGAAAAUGAUUUUGAGGAAAUGGAUUAUUGGUUGCUACCUUGUAUAUUGUGUUACCAUUGGCCUUGCAUAUCAAAGAAAGCAAUUUCAUAAUUAUGAACUUCGUCAAAACUCGAAUGGAAACUACAGAUUUGGCGCCCAUAUUGAUUCGUCACCCAUCAAUAAAUUUGCAAAAACAAUAUACGAUCAACUACGACAAGCUGCGAGCAAGGUGCCGAAAGGUGUCCGUGAUGUUCCGAGGUCGCACGGGUUCGAGUCGAGGCCAGGACGUGCGAGGGCCAGCUUGUUUGGUAGGUCACGCGGUCGUGAGAUCUCUGGGGAAUUGGUUCCGCGGAAUGGGGAAAUCGUUGAGAUUGUGGACGAGGACGCGAGGAAUAAUGAUGUUUUGAAACGUGAUGAGAUCAGGAGACCCGAGGUGACCCCGGGUAUUUCAAGGCGUUUUCUACAAAUACCAGUCAUUGGGGCCAGUGGUCAAUGUGGUCAGCGUGCAGCGCAACGUGCGCCGGUGGAAAGCGAUCACGUGAGCGGAAAUGUGGAAAUGCUUUGACCGACGAUGAAAAUACAUGCCCUGGGUCCAGCGUAGAAACUGAAUCUUGCGUCGUUCAGAGCCACUGUCCAGUCGACGGAGGUUACACAGAUUGGACAGCAUGGUCCAGUUGUUCAGAGACUUGCGGUCCGUCAAUACAAAUGCGCAUGCGUAUCUGCAUGAACCCGAGGCCUCAAUACGGCGGACGAGAUUGUGCUGGAUCGAGAUUUAAAAUUCGAAAUUGCACCAUGCCUGCUUGCUAUGACAAAAUUGCUACUGCAGAAUCAUCUAACCAAAGUGAAAGUAAUGACCUCGAUUCCAGCGAGCUCCUUGAUAGUUUGAAAGCAGUCUUACAGUUAAAAACAUCAAGUCUUGAAGACAAAUUAUCCAACCAACCUACUGACACCGCUUCGAAGCUGUUUGAUACUAUCUACCAUGGAGCUGAUGAGGUUACAACUCCCGGCAUCCCGGAAAACUUGUCCAAAAGCGAUAAGUCUGGCGAAGGAACAAGUGACAAUAAGGGAAAUGACCUUAAACCUGGGUCCAAAGUGUUUGCCAAAAUUGGGAAUUCGGUUGGGCUUACAAAUGCUUCGUUGAAAUCAGUUUCAGACCAAAGACCUGCCAACGAAAACAACGGCUUCUCCAACAAUGACAAGCUUUUGGAAGAGAGCAAAAGCAUUUUGUCGAAUGAAGAAGAUGGUUCUCUUAGUUCACAUUUGAAGAAUACUUCUGACAAUGCAGAUAAUGAUGUCAGCGUGUUUGGCGGUAAAACGUCGAAGGAAAAAUUUGGAAAUGGUCUGAAUUCUCAGGACGUAAUAAAAACGGGACGCGGUGAAAUUAGAGGAAGGGUAUAUACAGGUGAUUAUAGUGACAUUGUUGAAGAAAGCCACGCGUUAGAAUCAGAGGGGUUUGACCAAAACCGCGAUGUUAAAAAGAACAGUAUGACCCCUCCUGUAAACAACAUUGCCAUUAAGAAACUCGAUUCAAUUUUCGUGAACCAUGUUGCUCAUGAUGCUCAGAAUAGCAGUGAUGAAAUCAAGGCUAAUGAAAUAAACACACAGAACUCCAUUUUGAACAUGCCCAAUCCACAGAUUACAACCUUCAGAGGUUCAAAAACCAGCCCCCAAAUCGGUCGAAAAGGAAACUCAACCAUACGUUCGAACGGCAAAAAACAAAUGAACUUUGAACUGACAGAGAAACUUUAUGAUCAGGUUUUAAACACGUCCACGCUGAAAACAUUGCUGGGUUCUAGAACGUCUGAAAUGCAAGAUGGCCACGUGCAAACCAUGGUGUCUACACCUGCACCUCACGUGAACAAUAACGUGCGAUUACGAACAGCUAGUGUUACCACUACCGUCAAUGGUACCUCCGUGUCCAGUUUAUUGGGUGUUAUUCGAGAUGAUUCGGACGAUCGUUCAUACAAAGGAAACAGUGAGAAGAUCUCACGAAACAAAACAAUCCUGAUUCGCGAUGAUGGAGAUUGGAGCGCAUGGUCCAGUUGUUCUUCAUCUUGCGGUCAUGGCUAUCAGACUAGAAGUAAAGAGGUAUGUCUACUGUCCUCUGGAGGGAAUGAUUGCUCACAUGUGAAAAUACAGAAGAAAUCUUGCGUGGAAAGGAACUGUCCAGAAAUCCAAAACAAACCUUCAUAUCGACUUGUGAAAGUGAGGAAAAUGCAAAACGAUUCGACUCAAGGAUAUUUUCAUCACCACGACGAUGUCUCUUUAGCAGGCAGUAUUUCUCCAGACAAAGAUGCAUUUUCCACCGGACAAAAACACGAGACAGAAAUAAUGGGACUAGUGAGACCAGAGCUGGACGCGGAUUUCUAUCCCUGGACGCCAUGGACUGACUGCUCUCAAUCCUGUGGCCAGGGGGGUGUUCAAACAAGAACCAGACGAUGUCAAAAUGUGGACAAACCAAACUGUGUGGGAGCCUCUCAGGAGAACAAAACAUGUUCUAUAAGAUCUUGCCCGGUGAAUGGUGAUUGGUCGGCUUGGUCAGAUUGGACACCCUGUUCACAGACUUGUGGCAAGUCUGUCAAGUUACGCAUGCGCAAGUGCGACAAUCCUGCAGCCUCAAAUGGCGGCAGAAGUUGUUAUGGACACGAAAAAGAGGAAGAACAAUGCGACCUCCAAGUUUGCUCUGUGAACGGUCAGUGGUCCUCUUGGUCGGCUUGGAGUGACUGCCACGUGACGUGUGGACACGCCUUGAGGCAGCGAUCUCGCAACUGUGACAAUCCUUCACCAUCUCACGGAGGACUUCAUUGCGAAGGAGAGAGUGUGGAGCAUUUGAGCUGCUACCUUCCAUCUUGUCCGAUUGACGGAGGUUUCAGCCACUGGCAAAGUUGGAGCAAAUGUCAUAAAAGUUGUGGUGAAAACUCGUUCAAAACAAGGUUCAGGUUCUGUAACAAUCCCCCGCCAUCUGACGGAGGACACUCGUGUCAUGGUGAUCGCUUACAAGUGUCCAAAUGUCCCAAAAAGAUUUGUACAGAACCGGUAGAUGGUGGCUUUAGUCACUGGUCCAACUGGUCAUCGUGCAGCCAGAAUUGCCGACUUGGUUCUUUCAAAAAGCGCACGCGCGUGUGUGAUAACCCGAAACCGCUGUACGGCGGCUUGGAGUGCACUGGUGACACCGUUGAGAAAUCCUAUUGCAGUGUUGACGAGUGCAAAGUGGAUGGCGGGUUUUCUGAUUGGUCCUCGUGGAGUUCAUGCAGCCAAUCGUGUGGAGACACAGCGAUAAAGUCCCGUGAACGACGGUGUACCAAUCCUCGGCCUUCGGGUGGUGGGAAGAAUUGCUCUGGGGAAACCUUUGAAAUCAAGCUUUGUGACAAGAUACCGUGUCAUCCAGUUCAAACAAGCCCCACACCAACAGCUAAAAACGAGCAAACAGACCCGCCACUUGUACAGACCAUUAUCGACGAAAAAGAGCAACUCAUGUCGGAACGAAAUAACGGGAAUAACGCUGGAAAUUUAUUCUCAGAUCUGAAGGAAAAACUGAUUGAGAAUCUCAAGAAACUCGCUCCAGACCUAGGACUGUCGCUCGGUAAUACGACUUCAAAGAACAGUAGCACCCCAGGACAAUUAAAAGCAGAAGGCGGAAAUAAUCACGUCACGAGCCCCACUCAAGGAGUUACUGAGGUUCUCGAUGAUGCUAGAGAGAAACCAAAGAUGAAGUUUGGACAAAAAGCGAAGCAAGAGGUGGUUGAGGAACAGUUGAAGGAUCCUGACGAUGCAUCUCAAGACGAGUCAAACGAAGAUGUUAAUCCUAUAAAAUCUUGUGGUUUCAAUCCUUGUCGACUUGCGAAGUGUCUGGCAGACCCGUUUGCCGACUGCAUCCCGAAUGCAGAUUGUGAUCCUGUCUACUACGAUAGCCUUGGAAACGUGAAAAAAGAUUGCAGUGUUGAAACAACAUUCCUGACCGUGCCUUCAAACGAUCUAUGUCAACGAGACCCCUGCCAAAUGUCCAUGUGUUUGAAACUGCCGAUGACAAAAUGUGUAACCAGUGCCUUGUGUAGGCCCGUCUUCUUUGAUGAAACUGGAAAUGUACUGAAUUGCACAGGUGUUUUGAAGACGCCUGUGCGAUUAUCGUGUGGUAAGGAUCCUUGUGUUGGCAAAUUAUGCCCAGUCGAUGCUCAAGCGAGAUGCUUCACUGAUCAUGAAUGUAAAUCCACCUUCUGGAAUCUAAAUAUCAAAGAAGAAAUCCCCGAAUGCAAGGAUCCCGACGCUGGUGAAGAAAAUGCUGACGAGCGUUCUGCAACGCCUUCCAUGCCUGACGAUGGUUCACCGUUCAGAAAAACUCUCCACAGACCUUGGAUGAAACUGAGCAAGUCUGCUCUGAACGAGAUCCUGAAACACAGUCAAAGCAACAGCAUUUUAAUGGCCCAUGCAAAACUGAAGCAUUUCCGUGGGAAGAGCAGGUUGACUUUGGGGCAGUCUGGGUUAACUACGACACUUCACGAACCUAACGACGAUGACGUUACGAGAACGUCCGAUGACGAGACGAACAAUGCCGGGGACGUUUCGAACGAUGCCGGGGAACGACUAAAACAAAACAACAACCCAAGGAAGAAUCCCAUUCUUACACUGACCUCUCUCAAUGCUGACCAAUACAUGAGCCAGGGGGGGAACGGAGUUGGCGUGACGAAGGACUGGAAACUAAAACUAAAACCACCUAUACACAUGAAUGGUUACGUCGAGAGUCCCCAGGUCUAUAAAGUGAAGACGCUUGCACAAGAUAGAGACCAAAAUGCUGAGGAAUAUUUAUUGAACCACCGGAAAAACGACCUUUUCUCCCAGGGUCUGUCUUCGCAGGGGCUAAAUUCCGGGGGUCUUUCUUUGAAGGGACUAAAUACAGAAGAUCUUUCUUCGGGUCUCAAUUCGGCCAAACUAACUCCUGAUAGUCUUGAUUCUUCGAGGUUCAAUUCGGAGGGGAAAAUCUCCCAGGCAGGAGGAUUAACUUCCGAGGGUUUAUCUCCCGGACGAUUGCCGCUAGAAGGACUAAACUCCGAUGGGGUAUUAUCACAAGAAAGACUUGGCCUGCAUCCAGGUUAUAUGAGAUUCACCCCUGCACAACAGAGUAAAGUACCAGGCACCUUUAACAGCAUCGACAAACUUUUGAAAAGCGACGAGGCACAUGUGGAAGGUGGUGUCAUUGAUUCUGUGCACGGGGUAACCCCAAACCCAUACGAUAAAGUUCUCAAGCAGGACAUUAAUGACUUGGAGAGUGCUUUAUCGAAUGCCGAUGGUCAAAUCCCCGGAGAGGGAAGAAUCCCGGGAUUAGAAUCUCCCGCGGUACGCCAGGGACUGACCGCGUCCCUCACUCCAGAACUUGAGAAAGAAAGCCAAAUAAAUUUGGCUGAGAUUGAAGCGGUCUCGCGAGGCGGGAUGAUACCGCGUGUCGGGAACACGCGCGCGAUGUCGUCAGAAGUUCCUGUAGAGGAUUUAUCUGACUCGCAAGGAGGGCGCUAUGUACCGCUUGACAGUGUUAUUAACGAUUUGCGGGAGCAUAUCGGGGAAGAACCGCUUAAUGAAAAUUUAUUCAAAUAGACUUCGCGUGAAUUUUAUAUAGACAAUGUCGAUAUGUGCAUUUUAGGAAUUGUAACUUCAUGAAUACAAAAUAUUGCAAAUAUUUUUGCUUCAUAAGUCCCAGGGGGAUAUCUAAUAUAGACCCGUUUGUGAGAGGAAGUAUUCGACUGAAUUGAAUCGAUUCAGUAACAAUGUGCUAUUGUAGCCUCAUUUGCGUUACAAAUUGUUUGAGACAUGAAGAAACUUUUGCAAGAUUUCAAAUGAACUACUAAACUAGUUAUAAAAUUACUUUUCGUCCACCAAAUGUUGUUGUUUAUUGUAGGUGGUACCGUUCAAUAAAUUGGUUCGAGUAACCUUCAAAACA